UUUACAACAUUGAAGCUUAUAGUACAGUAGGUAGAAUGCUACAUUUAUUCAAAGUAACAAAAAAUGAUUAAAUAAGUACAUUAUGCUGCUGUGUGAGUUCCAGGGAAGACCACAUAGGAAGUGGCAUUUGAAUUGAAUUUUUAAGGAUAGGUAGGUGUGAGAAUUAAAGCAGUGUAACAUUUAAUAGAAAGCUGAUCCUGGAGUUAGGAAGUCUUGGAUUUUAAUUCUGAUUCAAAUAGUGGCUUAUUUAACUCACUGGGUUUUAUUCUGAAAGAAAGAUUUGGAUUCUAAAUCCCUUUCUAGUUCUUAAUGUGUGAUCCUUUGACUACCACAAAUAAAAGAUUGUGGAUGGGGGAAGGGAAAGAUGAAAUGCCUGAACAAAGAUGCAUUUGAUAGAAAAUAGUAAAUAGACCAUUUUGGUUUUAGUAUAAAGAACAUGAUGGAUAGUAGUAGAUUCUGGCUGUUUAGGACCCUGGGAUGGACCUCAGCUUUUCUGCAGACAUCCAUCCCAGUCCCGAAGUGAUGGCUCUGUCAGCUUUCUCCUUUGUCUUGUUAACUUAAUGUUUGCUAGUAUUUCAUGAUAGAAUCUUGAUAUCCAGUGAACAAAUUGCAUAGCUCAGCCAUCCCUGUAUGUCCAUAGGAAGAGAAGACAUAAAUAUUAGAAUUUUUUAUCUUCUACCAGCAAACCAACACUGUAUAGCUUUUGGAAGAUAGCAGAUAGCUACAGAAGAGAUUUUGUUGAGCAUUAGGAUGAACUGAAAAAAGGGUGUCCAGAGCCAUAUUAGAAGUCAUGAUGCAUUUUGACCUAGGAUAAUUUCAUUCUCAUGGGUACCCCCAAGAGAACAACACAAAGUUACUUGGAGCAUGUUUAAUUCUUUUCUGCAUUCUAUAACCUGAUAUAGGCAUUUGACCCAGCAUAUUGUUUUAAAUGAACAUGAAUUGGAAACAUUUGAGACAAAUUAAAUACGAGUCCUCCUUGAGAAGCUUAUGAAUAAUGGUUGAUAGUAUGCUUAUCAGUUUUGCAGAUGACUGCAAAGUUUGGAAGAGGAAUAAUUGAGAUGUUAAAUAAGAAUUAUGAUGUGAAUCUAAUAAUGGAAUUUUAAUAGGAUUAAAUGCAAAUUCUUGCAUUUGGGUUUUUAAAAUAAACCUACAGUUGCACAAGUAUAGAAUAGGGAAGGCAGGACUUGACAUAGUUCACAUGGAAAAAAAUUUGGGUCUUUUUGCACAUUGUUAGCUCUGUAUGAGUCAGUAGUGUUAACUGGUAGUGGGAUGUUAGGCUGCAUUUCAAAUUCAGUUCAACAUUAUUUGGCACUAUAUUUAAGGCAUUGUUUAGAACUAGGGAGGAUAUAUUCAACCUUUAUAAAACUUUAUCUGGAGUUUUGCAUCCAUGUUUUGUUUUGGUUUUUAUAGAUGUUAAUAUUAUUUUCCCCUUGAUAAUAGCUUUUCAUUUUAAAAUGUAUGCAAAUAUAGUUUUCGACUUUGUAUUCCAAAUUUUUCUCCCUCUGUUCCCUCAUCCCUUUUAUUAAAUAAGUAAUCUAACAUAUAUUAUACAUGUGCAGUUCUUUUAUACAUAUUUCCACAUUUAUCAUACUACACAAAAAAAAAUCAGAUCAAAAAGGAAAAAAUAGAGAAAGAAAAAAUAAAUAACAAAAAAGAUGAAAAUACUAUAUUGUGACCAAAAUCAGUCUCCAUAGUCCUCUUUCUGGAUGCAGAUAGGUCUCUUCAUCAUAAAUGUAUUGGAAUUGGCCUGAGUCAUCCCCAUUGUUGAAAAGAGCCACAUGUCCAUCAGAGUUGAUCACGUAAUCUUGUGUAUAAAUCUUGUGUACAGUGUUCUCUUGGUUCUACUCCACGUGGCAUCAGUUCAUAUAAGUUUCUCCAGACCUUCUGAAAUCAUCCUGCUAAUUGUUUCUUAUAGAACUAUAAUAAUCCAUAACAUUCAUAUGUUAUGAUUUAUUCAGCCAUUCCUCAACUGAUGGGUAUGCAUUCAAUUUCCAUAGUAUUUAAGAAAGGCGAUGACACACUGGAAUAUCUUGAAAAGACUAGAAAUCAUGUCAUCUAAGUUUGGUUUAAAAGUCCAGUCAAAGCAAAGAUUUAAAGAUCUUUAGACUUCUUUUUAGGAGAUUGUUUUUAUUUGACUUGGGGGAGCAAUGAGUGGAAGUUGCAAAAACAGAUAUUUUUUACUCAUUAAAACUUUACAGUACAAUUAUCCAAAAGUGAAAUAGGUUGUUUCAGAAAAGUAUUGAGUUCCCCACAAUUAAUCUUCAAACAGGGCCUGUGUGACCAGUGUGGGGGGAAUAUCAUGGAGAGGAUUUCUGUUUAGGUCACUCUUGAGAUUCCAUGAUUAUGUGUGAUUGCAACAAAAGACAUUAAGUGCCUUGUUUGUUUCUGUUAUAGUGAGCUGUAAAUGGACAAACUUUGUCUCUUGACUAGUAUUUUCUACUUUAUAUCCCCUUUAGCUGUCUAUCAGCUGGGAAAACCAACAGAUUAGAGGUUUUAAAAUAUAAGAUCUUUUGACUUAUAACUUCUGGUCUUUAAGCCCCUUGGGUUUCCUUCAACACUUCAGUAUUGAUCAGUAAUCUGAUCUUUGAACCAGUGAUCUCUUUGAUGUAGGUCAUUCUUUACAUUAAUGUAGUUUGUAACCCAUUCAUGUUUUCUAAUCCUUUGCCUUUGUCCAUAUUUUCAUAUGGGUCUCCAUAGAGGCUUCCCUUAGAGUAGGCUUUCUUAUAUUUUGUGGAUAUUAGUGCAUGUAGCAUUGGGCUAUCUCUUUGCUUGUUUUGACCACAUAACCAGCUUGCCUCCUUUUUUGAACAUUUUUUCUUUGCGAUUUUCCACAUGCCUGCUUUCUCAUUUUUAUGAGAAUGACAUAUAGAUAAGAGAGAUCCUUAAUGAAUAGAUGAAAAAGGGGCAGAGAGGCAGGCUUUCCUAUGUGAAAUUCUGUAUCAGACCAUACACCAUUACCAUUUUAUAAUUGACCAAAAGGUGCCAAGAAAUACAAGAUCCCAUUGUCUUUGUUGUUUGAUUAUGUCUCCUCCCCUGCAUUUGACUUGAUAACACAAAAUUCAGCCUUAAAGGCUAUUCUCCAAAAAGGCCUUUUUUAUGCAUAUAUUAGGAUUACUCAAGUGUCCUUGAUAAAUGCAGUUAUAAAGAUAACUGUUCAACAACCCUCUUAUUAUUAAAGUCAAAUGAGGCAUAAAACAGAGAGAUGUAUACUUGCCCUAGGUAUUCACUACUGUCAUGGAGUCUGUCCUGUGUAAAGGUCCAAAUGGAAGAAGGAUUCCCUUGAGUUUAAUUAAAAAAUAGUCUGACUACUGUCUCAGCUGUGUAGUGUCAUUAUUUUCCAUAAGCAAUGAGACAGAUUCAAGCUUGUGCCUCUAUUUCUCUAUUCCCUUGCCUUCACUCAGAAAAACUAAAACAAUGAGAAAGCUAUAGAGGGUUAGAAACCUGCCAGAUGUGUUUUUGUUCCAGGAUAUUUUUGUCCUUUGUAGCUCCUCCCUGCUCUGGGGAGUCUCCAUUGCUCCAAGAGCAUUGGGGCAGAGAGUGUUGAUGAAAAAGUACAUCUUUGGGGCUGCUGGCCCCCUUUCCUAACUGUUUAUCUCAGGAAGGUUCUGUCACUGAGCUGUAUCCAAGGACACAAAGACUUUGAAUCAGCCAAUCACAAAGUUCCCAGGAAAGGGGGAGGUUUCUGAGAACAGUAUGCUCCACUAGUUUUCUGCUAAAUUAAAGAGGAUCAUGGAUUUUCCUGGACACUUUGAACAAAUCUUUCAACAACUAAACUACCAACGACUACAUGGCCAACUUUGUGAUUGUGUCAUUGUGGUGGGGAAUAGACAUUUUAAAGCACAUCGUUCUGUGUUGGCAGCAUGUAGCACCCAUUUCCGAGCCCUUUUUACUGUAGCUGAGGGAGAUCAAACCAUGAACAUGAUCCAACUGGAUAGUGAGGUGGUAACAGCAGAAGCCUUUGCUGCUUUGAUUGAUAUGAUGUAUACCUCUACACUUAUGCUUGGGGAGAGUAAUGUUAUGGAUGUUUUGUUGGCAGCUUCUCAUCUGCAUUUGAACUCUGUUGUUAAGGCCUGUAAACAUUACCUAACUACAAGGACGCUGCCUAUGUCUCCUCCCAGUGAUAGAGUUCAGGAGCAAAAUGCACGAAUGCAGCGGUCUUUUAUGCUUCAGCAACUGGGACUGAGUAUAGUGAGCUCUGCAUUAAAUUCUAGCCAGAGUACAGAAGAGCAACAAACUACCAUGAACUUAUCAAUGAGGAGUAACAUAGAACAGCGUACUACAUUUCCAAUAAGGCGCUUCCACAAGCGGAAACAGUCUUCCGAAGAUCGAGCCAGACAGCGCAUCAGACCUUCUCUAGAUGAGUCCAUGAUUUCAGAUGCAACUCCAGAAAAUGGACAGACAGUGGUUCAUACUCGUGAAGAAUUUUUUUCACCAGAUUCUUUGAAAAUUGUGGACAAUUCUAAGUCAGAUUCAGUAACUGAUAACCAGGAAGACAAUGCUAUCAUGUUUGAUCAGUCAUUCAAUGGGCAAGAAGAUGCCCAAAUGCCCAGUCAAUCCGACAACAGUGCCGGGAACAUUUCUCAAAUGUCCAUGGCAUCUCAAGCAACUCAAGUGGAAACUAGCUUUGACCAGGAAGCUACUUCUGAGAAAAAUGGUUUUCAGUGUGAAAAUCCAGAAGUUAGCCUCAGUGAGAAAGACCACAUGAGAGUAGUGGUUAAAUCUGAACCUUUGAGCUCUCCUGAGCCUCAGGAUGAAGUGAGUGAUGUAACCUCUCAAGCAGAAGGCAGUGAAUCUGUGGAAGUGGAAGGUGGGGUGGUUAGUGCUGAAAAGAUAGAACUGAGUCCAGAAAGUAGUGAUCGUAGUUUUUCAGAUCCACAAUCCAGCACUGACAGAGUAGGGGACAUUCAUAUUUUGGAAGUUUCCAACAAUCUAGAACACAAAUCCACUUUCAGUAUUUCAAAUUUUCUAAACAAGAGCAGAAAUAGCACCUUUAAUGCCAAUCAGAACAAUGAUGACAACAUUCCAAACACUACCAGUGACUGCAGAAUAGAUAAUGACACAUCUUAUUUAAUAAGUCCAGAGUCAGGACCUACAGGUGGUCAUUCCUCUGCUACUGUCUCUCAUGUGGAGAAUCCUUUCAGCGAACCUGCAGACUCACAUUUUGUUAGACCUAUGCAAGAAGUAAUGGGUCUUCCCUGUGUGCAAACUUCUGGUUAUCGAGCAGCGGAACAAUUUGGGAUGGAUUUUCCCAGAACUGGUUUGGGAAUACAUUCUCUCUCCAGGGCAAUGAUGGGUUCAUCUCGAGGGGGAGCCAGUAAUUUUCCAGGUUACCGUCGUAUAGCUCCAAAAAUGCCAGUUGUGACCUCUGUUAGGAGCUCUCAAAUACAAGAUAACUCAGCUAAUUCCCAGUUGUUAAUGAAUGGGCCUACUUCCUCCUUUGAAAAUGGGCACCCUUCCCAGCCUGGUCCCCCUCAAUUGACCAGAGCAUCAGCUGAUGUUCUAUCAAAGUGUAAAAAGGCCUUAUCAGAGCACAAUGUCUUAGUUGUAGAGGGAGCUCGAAAAUAUGCCUGCAAAAUCUGCUGUAAGACAUUUUUGACCUUAACAGACUGUAAGAAGCACAUUCGUGUACAUACAGGUGAGAAGCCCUAUGCCUGCUUAAAGUGUGGCAAAAGGUUCAGCCAGUCAAGCCACCUGUAUAAACAUUCCAAGACUACUUGCCUUAGGUGGCAGAGCAGCAAUCUACCUAGCACUUUGCUCUAAUCCUGUUUUUCCCUCUAAUUAAAACGAAGUCAAUACCAAUUUCAAAAGAAUUUUUAACAGAACUAUUGGCAGAUAUUUAACACUAUUUUGUUUUAGAUUUCAGGCUGAACAGUGGCUCUUAAAAGUUGGGGAACUUCUGUAAUUAGACAUAGGCACUUGUGCUAAUAGGUCUUCGAGAAAAAUUCAGAACUUGGAAGAAAAGGGAUGCAAUCCCUGAAACCCAAGUUUUUUCCUUUAAGAUUGAGUUAACAGGGAGAAAGUAUUUAGUACCUUUUGAUCCUAAAAGUGGCACGUUUUAAGAAGAAAAAACUAAAGUGCAAAUUUUUUAAAAGCAAUUUUUGUAAAAUUGUGUGAAACAUUUAAAUAAAAUACCUGUACAUUUAAGUUUGGUAUAUUAUAUGUCUGAACAAUGAUGCAAAGAGCUCUUAACUGUUACUAAUGGCGGCUGUAUACCUGUAUGGGGGGAGCGGGGUGCCCUUCAGGAUAUCUCUGCCACAAAAUGCUUUAAAGUAUAUUAUAAAAAUAGUUCUAGGGGUUCAGAAUGUACUGUAUUUUUUAUUUUAGGUUGUCGCAGUAAUAGACACUGCGCUAUGAUGGUGCUGAAAUUGAGUCCAUAGUAAGCAUUCUUUUGGACUAUUAGAUGUAUAUACUUAUACAGCAAGAUCAUUUGGAUGUUUGAACAAUUUUUCUUGUUUUACAACAAAAUUGUAUAUGCAGUAUGUACUUGUAUUGAGUGAUAAGUGAAGUACUGUUUCUGUAUGUGCUGUUAGCAGUAUUUUAACCAACUUGUUAUUUCAUAUGUUAAAAUUCCAUAUAUAUAUGUAUAUAGUAUAUAUAUAUGGGAGUUUAAAAAGAAUUAGUCUUUGUCUACUUCAUUCUAAUAACUUGUAAUUAUGUUUUGUGGAACUUUCUUUUUUAUCAGAAGAUGACCUUUUUCAGAUGUUAACAGUCAAUCUAAUUCUAACUAUUGUUUAAGAAGCCUCUCCCUGUUUUGUUUUAUUUUUUUCCUUUCAAGCUUUGAAUAUCCAUAUGUGAACCUUUCCAAAUGUGAUAUUAUUUCUUAGUUUUGUUCAAAAGUCAAUUUCAUAUUUGUGGUAAGGGAUAUGUAAUUUGAGAAAAGAGCUAAAAUUUUUAUUUCAUUUCCCUUCAAAACCUCCCCAUCUCCAAAGGGCCAAGAAAAUGUUUAAAAAAGAUGUUUCCAGUUUAGGUACAACUUUGCUUUAUAAUUCAUUAUUUCCUAAAAUUUUUGUUUUAGAAUUUGAGAUUUCCCAAACUCUAAAGAAAGGUUAGGCAUCUUUUAGCGAGUAGUACGCAAGACAGUGGCAUUUUGUCAUUCACCAGUCUCACCACAUGCACUGAUUACUUUUCUCUUUUGUUCUUACUUGCCUGCCUUUCUUUCUCUUUGCUUUGUCCUGUGCCUGUGCCUCAGGGCUAUCAUUUCUAGCCCUGGAAAUAGCUCAGCCCUUAGUGAUAUUCAGAGCCAAAAAACACCACCUCCUAGAGGAUCACAGUGAUCUUUAGGGUUUCUUUAUUUUAUUCUUUAGAGGUAUUUAUUUCUGUAGUACUCUUAUCAGACAAUGAAUAUACAAAUGAGUUCAGCAUACCAGGUUUUUUGGAUAAGUCAAAUUGAGUAUAAUUUGGGCAAACACUUCAGAAUCAUUGUAUUCAGAAUAGAAUGAAUUGACUUAGGGCAACCCUAACAUAAGAGUCGAUCUGAAUCUGAUGUGUGUAAUAAAUCUCUGUGCGGUUUAAUGCUCCUGAAGAUAUCCUGGUUCUGGAUAUUGACCUAUCUUAAAUAAGAGCUUUGAUUCCCAUGAAGUAAAGUUAAAAAUAAAACCUAUCUACGUUAAACUUGCAAUGCUUGUUAGUUUGAGAAGGAUAAGCUUCUAUACAGAGAAGAAUAUGAACAUUUCUUUCUGUGAAUGGCUAUUAAAAAUGUAGCUGAUUAGGUCUGCACUUAGUUUUUGACUUGACUUUCUUCUUUAAGUAGGAUUAAAACUUAAUAAAACAUUUCCAAAGAUGGAAGACACACUAUGCCAUAUCAUCAGGGUAAUUAUUCUGUUUUAUCUUUUGAGGAGGACAGGGAUUCUAUUAGAGCUCUUUUUUUUUUUUUAAACAAAUCCCAAACAUUUGAGAAGCAGGGUUUCAUGUGUGUAUCCUUACUUUAACAUAUAUGCUGUAUAAGGAUUAAAAGUCUUUUAUCUUAAUGAGCAUUUUUGGAACUAUUAGAAAUGUUAGAGGGCUUUCCAUUUGAAUUUUUUGAUGGCAUAAAUUAUUCUGAUUGGUUGCCCUUAAUUAUAAGUUAGCAUAAAGAAGCAAAAUAUUACAUGUUUAUUGGAUCCUAAAUACAUGAUGUUUAUCGAAUCCUAAAUACAUGAUUUUACACCCAGUGAUAAACUGGUCACAAUACAGUAUUUUCAAAUAAAACUAGCUUGUCAUAUUUAGGCAGCAUGGCACAAUGGAUGGAGUGCUGGUCUUGGUGUCAAGACGACUUGGAUUUGAAUCCCAUCUCUGAUACUUAUCAGGUGUGUGAUCAUGGGCAUCACUUUUCUUGGUAACUCCCUAAGGUUUAUUUACAAAGUUAGAAAGGUGUUCUGAUUUAGUAAAGGGAGUUCCUAAGCCAAAAGAAGACCUUUAGGUGAAUUGUAGCAUUUUUUUAUUUUCUGAAAAGUUUUGAAUUUUGUAGCCAAAACAAAAAUAUUUUGGUUUUUUUUUUUUUUAACCAAACUAGCCUCAUAAUAUUAACUAAGCUAACUCUAAACUGUUUCAAAUCAGUAGCAUUAACAUUUUUUUUAGUAGUUUUACUCGACAAUUUCUGUUUUAGGCCCUGACUCCUUGUUUAUUUAGGAGGUUUAUGCCCAAAUUUCUUAAUUUUCAGAGGUCCUUCCUGCUGAGUCAUAUGCUUUAUCCUAUUGUCUUUUAAUUGAUUACAAUCUGGCUUCAGGGUUUGGAAAAAUCCAUUUGCCAAUUUGGCUUUAUGAUGGAGGAGUGAAAUGUGGACUCUGGAUGCUUGUAAGAUUCUCAAAAACUUAAGUUUUCUACUGAUUGGCCAAAUUAGAUAAUUAUUGAACAGUGGGUAUGCCAUGGAAUGGCUAUAGAAGGGAACUGGGUUCUUGGGAGGAGAAAACUCAAUGACAAAUUUGAAUAAUGGGAGAAAAGAUUGGACAGAAAGAACCAAGACACUGUGUUUAAGCUUUGGUGCUGUUACUAAUUUUAAAAUAAAUUUUUCAAACAA